AUGUCGUUAGCAAAUUUUGAUCCAAACAAGGCGGACAACCUAGAAGAUGUGGAAAAGGAAUUUGCAGUUAAAGCGGUGGAGCAAAUGAUUACGUACUGGAAGCUUUUGGGUGCAAUCAAAGGUUCAAAACUCAAACUUACACCAUAUGACAAUGAGAUAUUUACUGAGUUCCAGAAAGAUUUCCCUGAGUAUAAUGGGAAGGAAGGUUUGGAACAUAUUUCGGAAGAUCAAAUGAAAUCUAAGGAAAACAAGGCACGUUGGAGAGAUUUCUUUAAGAAGUUCGACAAAAAGAUCGAGGAUUACAACUUUGGAACGCUUUUGCGUGUAAAUUCGAACGAUGAGUACGGCAAGGACAACUCCAUUUUUGUUGUGAGGUUACAAUUUUACGCCUUUGAGAUCGCCAGAAACAGACUUGGCUUGAAUGACUGGGUGUCUGAAUCUAAGUGA